AUGAGAGAAGUUAACUUCAGUAUUCCAAACGUCAACAAGGCGUCGGUCGGCAUCACGACCGCCCUCUACGACCGACGAGCCCUCGACUGCACAUCCACCCUUCCUCUCAUCAACUCUCUCAACCAUCUCGCCUACCUGACUACAUCCUCGGCUCGCAUUCGCGAUAUUCUCACCGUUGAUGGUGGCAUCGAACGCCUAGUAUGCAUUCUAAAACGCGGUCGGAGCAAGGACAUGAUGGAUAUGUGGAAGUGGAACUUGGCCUUCCAGUGCGUUGUCAACAUUGGUGUCAGGGGCACUGAAAACGUUCGCACCCGGGUUGUCGAGGCCGACAUGGUCCCCGUCAUCGCCACCAUUCUCGACAAUUACAUCAAAGUCACCGAAAAGUGCAGAGACAAGUCGGAGGACAAGAGCAAGGAUCAUCACCACCGUCACAGGAGCCACGAACAUCGCAGUGUUCACAAGGCUCCGUCCUUCACCAACAGAUCCAGCCGUACCGAGGUUGAUCAGAGAGCCUCCAGACGCCAGGCGCCUCCGCCUUCCAUCGACGUUUCUGCGACUUACGCAGGCUCCUCCUCAAGCUCUGCGGUGGACCAACAGAACACCGAGUCCACACCCACUCCACCCCAAUACCCGCUGGCAUCCUCUGCCGAGCGACCUGCAUUCCCAGCUCACCGUCACCAUCAUCAUCACCAUCACCAUCAUUACCGUGCCGCCGAGGCUCGCCACGUCGUUGCAUCUCCUUCCCGUCAGGUUGUGCUGCCGUUAGCACCCGCCGUGCCUACCACUGAAACUAUGGAAGGUUUCGUACGACCGGUUCGCGAUGCUGACCGUCUUGCGUCGAUGAUGACUUUUGGCAACGCAAACUUGGCUUCGCAACCGUCCUCCCCCACAACCCCCUUGCCGCCUCCGCAGAUGCGAUCUCCUACUGUCCGGCCGACUUCGGGACUUGCACCCACCAAUCGCUCCCGUCGCCGUCCUUCUAUCCGCCACCAAAACUCCACCGUCGACUCGGACGACUUGGUUGGAGACGACGCGCCUUCCGACGAGUCUCCGGAUGCCGAAAUGUCGGGCACUGGCACUGAAAUCCAGUCCGCCGUAAAUAUCCAAGAUAUCACUAUGGAAGAGGGAGACAGCAUGCUUGCUGGCUCUACCACGCUCGAUCUGAACACUCCCACUGUGUCAGAGACGCAGGAUACCGGAGCCUUCAACAUUACCCAUCGCGGCCCUGUGGAAACCAGCAACACUGCUGCUACGACGCCAGCCCCUGUCCCUCCCAUUGGCCUGUCACCGAACCGCCCCACCAUGGUCACACCCCCCCAACCCGCCAUUCCCAACGCCAGCGUUCCCCGGUACCUGCUCGAUCGGCAACUCGUACCCAACGCCCAGAUGCUUGCUGCUAUGCCACGUGAAGAAGACGUUCUGAUGUCCCUUCAGUUGCUUGCAUAUGUCUCCAAAUACUGUGGCCUAAGGUCGUAUUUUCAAAAGAGCCACUUGGUUCCCAGGCUUAAGAUUGGAAAGGAACUCCGCUAUCUGGACGGCGAGGACGCUCCGAAGGAACAGAUUGAAGAGGAAGAGCUGGAGGAAGAGUUUUUGCUACCCAACGACUUCAACAUCUUCCCGCUCGUGGAGAAGUUCACAGUCCGACACCACAGUACAGAUAUGCAAUACUGGGCCGGGGUUGUCAUGAGAAACCUUUGCCGCAAGGAUGAUACCCGCGGAGGCAUCCGUCAGUGUGCAUACUAUCAGUGCGGCAAGUGGGAAGAGUUUACCCGCCAAUUCGCCAAGUGUCGCCGCUGCCGCCGCACCAAGUACUGCAGCAAGGAGUGUCAAAAGAGUGCGUGGGCUUUUCAUCGACACUGGUGCGUUGCCGCGACGCAGUGA